AUGUCUUCUAAGAAAAACCGAAAGCGGCAGAACCAAUGCGCGGAGAACGGUUUGCCCUCUUUCUCUGCGGCUUCUUCUCCUGCGGGGGCCACGGCUCCUUCUUCUGGGCCAGGCUUCACGACGGCGGCCGGAACUCUGGCGGUGACAAACUUCAUAGAAAAGGUUGAUGACAGAGUUCCUAAAACGUUCCGGAAUUCCCUUGUUCAAUUUGGACUCAACACUAUGAAGUCUGCAAAUAUAUGUAUAGGUCGGCCAGUGUUGCUUACCAGUUUGAAUGGAAAGCAGGAGGUCUAUACAGCCUGGCCUGUUUCAGGAUUUCCUGGAGGCAAAAUUGGCCUGAAUGAAAUAGCACAGAAGAAUGUGGGGGUGAAGCCUGGUGAUGCCAUCCUGGUUCAGCCUAUUGUUGGUGCUGUGCUGCAGGCUGAGGAAAUGGAUAUGGCUUUCAGUAACAGAAAUGUGGAGAUCAAUGAAGAAGAAUUGACUGGUUGCCUUCUGAGAAAACUAGAUGGCAAGAUUAUUUUACCAGGCAACUUUCUGUACUGUACAUUCUAUGGAAGACCAUGCAAGUUGCAAGUGUUACGAGUAAAAGGGACAGAUGGCAUGAUACUGGGAUGGCCUCAGAGUGACUGUGAUACUGGCACCCAGGGAAUGGUUUUUGCACAGUCCAGCAUGGAUGCCAGUAGUCUGGAUAUGUCCUUACAGCUAAGCCGGUUAGGUCUGGAAGAUCCCCGGGAUCCGGCAUCAAGCAGUACUCCUUGCAAACCAAUAGAUGACAAAAUUAUAAAUAAUGCUGAUACCAUUUUGUUGGAUAUUGCACAGAGUCCUGGGGAACAGAGUGGACUUGGGCUAGAGGAAGACACUUGUCUUAAAUGUAGUUUUGAGUCUGUCGGAGAAGGAAAUAUACAACUUACCAAUGAAGAGAGAUUGCUAAAGUCAGCCAAUAUGGGAGCAAAAUUGAACACUGAUAAUUUUUAUUUUAUUUCUUCAACAACAAGAGUCAAUUUUAUAAAGAUCCAUCCAAAUACAAAAGAGCAAGACAAGCAAUUCAAAAUAACUUAUGACAUGAUAGGAGGCUUGAAUAGUCAGCUGAAAGCAAUUAGAGAAAUAAUUGAAUUGCCUCUCAAACAGCCUGAACUUUUCAAGAGUUAUGGAAUUCCUGCCCCUAGAGGAGUAUUACUCUAUGGUCCUCCAGGUACUGGAAAGACAAUGAUUGCCAGGGCUGUUGCUAAUGAAGUUGGAGCCUAUGUUUCUGUAAUUAAUGGUCCUGAAAUUAUCAGCAAAUUUUAUGGUGAGACUGAAGCAAAGUUACGUCAGAUAUUUGCUGAAGCCACUCUGCGGCACCCGUCAAUUAUAUUUAUUGAUGAGCUGGAUGCACUUUGCCCUAAGAGAGAAGGGGCUCAGAAUGAAGUGGAAAAAAGAGUUGUAGCUUCACUGUUAACACUGAUGGAUGGCAUUGGUUCAGAAGGAAGUGAAGGACAAGUGUUGGUUCUUGGGGCCACUAAUCGCCCUCAUGCUUUAGAUGCUGCACUCCGAAGACCUGGCCGAUUUGAUAAAGAGAUUGAGAUUGGCGUUCCUAAUGCUGAGGACCGUUUGGAUAUCCUUCAGAAGCUGCUUCGCAGGGUACCCCAUCUGCUCACUGAAGCUGAACUGCUACACCUGGCAAAUAGUGCUCAUGGAUAUGUUGGAGCAGAUUUGAAAGCCUUGUGUAAUGAAGCAGGUCUCUGUGCUCUGCGGAGAGUCUUGAAGAAACAGCCUAACUUCCCUGACAGCAAGGUGGCUGGACUGGUGAAGAUUACUCUGAAUGAUUUCUUGAAGGGAAUGCAUGACAUCAGGCCUAGUGCCAUGAGGGAGGUGGCAAUUGAUGUCCCAAAUGUAUCCUGGUCAGAUAUAGGAGGAUUGGAAGAUAUCAAACUGAAAUUGAAACAGGCUGUGGAGUGGCCCUUAAAACAUCCAGAAUCUUUCAUCCGGAUGGGUAUUCAGCCACCUAAAGGAGUUCUCCUAUAUGGGCCGCCUGGAUGCUCUAAAACAAUGAUAGCAAAGGCUUUGGCCAGUGAGAGUGGACUUAAUUUCCUAGCUAUAAAGGGGCCUGAGUUAAUGAAUAAAUAUGUUGGUGAAUCUGAAAGAGCAGUUAGAGAGAUCUUCCGAAAAGCGAAAGCAGUGGCUCCUUCAAUUCUAUUCUUCGAUGAACUUGAUGCCUUAGCAGUUGAAAGAGGCAGUUCUUCAGGUGCUGGGAAUGUAGCAGAUCGUAUUUUGGCUCAACUCUUAACAGAAAUGGAUGGGAUUGAACAGCUAAAAGAUGUGACCAUUUUGGCAGCUACUAACCGUCCAGAUAGGAUAGACAAGGCUUUGAUGCGGCCUGGAAGAAUUGAUAGAAUCAUCUAUGUGCCUUUACCAGAUGGAGCAACAAGAAGGGAAAUAUUUAGUCUGCAAUUUCGCUCUAUGCCAAUCAGUGAUGAGGUUGACCUGGAUGAACUCAUUCUCCAAACAGAUACAUACUCAGGAGCAGAGAUUAUAGCUGUUUGUAGAGAGGCAGCCCUGCUGGCUCUGGAAGAAAGCAUUCACGCUAACUGCAUUAGGAAAAGGCAUUUUAUACAAGCCCUGAACACUGUGACACCUCGAAUUCCUGAAUCGUUGAGACGUUUUUAUGAAGAUUAUCAAGAAAAGAGUGGGCUGCAUACUCUCUGA